AAGUCAUAGUACAAGGAGCACAAGGAAACACUCCAACUUCCCCCUCAUUGCUCCUCUCUUCAUCCUCUCCUCUGUCUGUGCUGGCAGAGCAGGGUUGCAGUCAUGCAUGUGGACAUUGUCUUCAUUGUGUGUCCUUUGAUUUUUGCCGCAGCCCUGUGGAGAAGGGUACAGGCUGUCUCCCCAGUGCCCUCAGUCCCAGACCAUGUCCAAGCCCUGGUGGGCUCCUGUGUGGUGAUUCCCUGCUCUUUCACUCCUCUAGCUCCUCAUCCUCUCCGGGUUAGGAAGGAGAGAGUGGAUGUGCGUCUGAGGUUUAGAGGUGGUAGUCGCUUCUUCCCUCUCCGCAGCACCGCUUUUAACAGCGAGGACAGCGAUCAAGUCAGCCGGGAUUUCCAAGGCCGGACAUCCCUCUUUGGGCGAAUCCCAGAUGGAGACUGCUCAGUGAAGAUCGAAAGGAUCAGCCAGGAUGACUCACGGGGGUUUGAGAUCGCUCUGAAGAGAGGUGAUGACCUACUUUGGGGACGGCCAGUGAGCUUUAAUCUGAAUGUUGUGGACACCCCUGAGGCUCCUGUCAUCAGUGGCAAGUUGUCAGCCACAGAGGGACAGCUGGUCACCCUGAACUGCUCCGUCAGCUAUCACUGCCCCUCCAGGCCUCCUUCCCUGCAGUGGAGCUGGGAGAGAGGAGCCAGGCUGAACAGCACUGAGCCAGGGGCAGUACAGACACUCCACCCAGAGCCCCACAGGCCAAUGUUACUGGCCUCUCUGUCCUUUACUGCGUCUCACCAGGUGAAACCUAGGCUCAAAUGUGAAGUCAGUUACCCAGGAGCCAAAGCAUUGGCCAUUUCGAAGGAUCUGCAUGUGACAUUUUCACCAAAAGAUGUAACGGUUCAGGUCCAGUCCUUGAUAGUGCGGGAGGGGGGCAACGCCUUGUUGGUCUGCUCAUGUAAAGCUGACCCUCCGGUGUCUGAGUACCGCUGGUCCUGCAGUCAACACGGCCGCAUGGUGCACCUCCACCAGCGCACACACACAGUCCGGCUGUUCAACGUGACCCGAGACAUGAGGGUUCGCUGCUCGGCACAGAACCUGAUUGGUCGAGGAGAGUCCCGGGCCACGUCGCUGAACAUACAAUAUAAACCAGUCAUUCUCCGGCUGUCCUCAAUCUGUGUUAUGGAGGAUCAGAUGGUGCUGUGUCACUGUUCAGUCAACUCCAACCCCAAACCAGCAGUUACCUGGAGCGUGAAUGGUACUAUCCCACCUCGUGAUUACAACGUGUCGGUAACAUCUGAGCCCGACACGCUAACAGCUACUCUGAGGGGCCGCAUGGACAAACGUCAGACUGUGAUCUGCUUUGCUUUCAACGCAAUGGGAAAUGACUCCCUGGUUUUGCUGCAGGGAGGUGAAGAGAUGGCACAUUUGUUGUGGAUGGUGAUACCUGCUGUGUCCAUUUGCCUGGUCAUAUUCCUUCUAUCUCUUUUUUUCUAUUGCUGCCGAAAGAGAGCUGGAACAGAUGUCCUGAGUAGACGCCCAGCCGCGUACCCUGGAGGUUUGGGAAUUUAUCAGGAUCAGAUGCCCCUCUACGUUAACUGCACAGAAGUGACCCAUAUCUACACCAACGGCAGCUACCAACUUGUAUACCAGAAUUGCACACCUCUUUUUGUCCAUACUAAGCAGAUCCGUCCAAUUGGCAGACGAGGUGGUGAGAGAAGAAGAAGAGAUGGAGAGGGUGGAGGAAUAGACAGACGAGCGGGUUUGGGAGUCAGAGGCACGAGAGAGGUGCAGAGCACUGCUGUGGGGGAUGCAGAGACGGCCAUAUACUUGGAGAUCCUCUGAGCCCACUGUUGAGAUGUUGCAUGAUUCUACUGCUACAUUAAACUUACAUUAGACUUCAGAUUUGUUCUCACACUGAUUGUAAUGCACAGUUUAUGUUGCCUCCAGUUUUUGUAUAUAUUGUACAUUCAUUGUGUGAUCACUUGAAUAGCUACUGUGGUCGAUCCCUCUCCAAAUUUCCAUAUUAAGCAAUUUCGGUCUCUGUAUC